CGCGCUUCCCAACACCAGCAAAGUGUCAGCGAUUAAUCGGAGUUGGUUUUUUGUUUUUAUUUAUUUUUGGCAUGGACUCGGCGGAUUCUCCCACCAAAACGCAGGCCGGCGAGGACGAGAACUACAGUCUGCUGUGCCAGGCGCACGAGGAGUUCAACAACUCGGAGUACGAUCGCUGCUUGGAGCUGCUCCAGGAGCUGGAGACGCUGGGCGAGAGCAGUGGUCCCGUCCUGCGGCACAACCGGGCGGUGGUCAGCUACCACAAGACGGGCUGCACCCAGCACGCCGCCCUGCUGAAGGAGCUGGAGGCCCUUACCGAUGCCCCGGGAGAGGCGUCCGGCAGCCUGAGCCUCAAGCAAGGGGCUGCCACCGCCACAGUGGCCCGGUACAACAGGGCGGUCAUCUACUACCACCGCCACAUGUUCGGCACGGCGCUGGAGAAGCUGGUGCCUCUGGUGGCUCGACUGGAGGCGCUGGAGAAGGCUAUGGCGGCGCUGGUGGCCACGCUGCAGCUGCAGCUUCUGCUGGCCACCAAUCAGCUGAACCGCGCCGAGGCCUUUCUGGACUACUUGCAGUACAAGCUCAACCUGGUGGCCACUGCGCCCAGCAGCCAUCCCACCGAGGAGCCGGCUGGCAGCGCCACAGCUUCUCCGCAGGCGGCCACGCCCAGCACAGUGGUGGCCACGCCAGUGGGAACUUCUGUGGAGGGGACAGUGGCCGGUCUGGGCGGCAGUCUGCAGCUUCUGCAGCUCAUCACACUCGUCCUGAACCGCAAGCCGGUGGUCAUCCAGGAGGAUGGCACGCCCGAGUACGCUGCUUUGAAGGCGCAGCAGUACUACAUCAUGAAGGACUUCCAGAUGGCGGCCAAGCAGCUGAUGCGCAUCAACAACGAAUGCACACAGGCUGGCAAUGUGACCCCUCAGUUGAGCACGUGCAUCGCCAACAACAUGGGAGUGAUUCACCUGAGAGUUCGACACUAUGCCAUCGCCGCCAAGUUCUUUCAAAAUGCGCUCAACUUUGACCAGCAGCUGGCGCGGAAUCUGCGCCAGAGCACCCUGCAAACUAUGAGCUCGGCACGCUCCUGCGAGAUCCUCUACAACCUGGGCGUGGCCAUGCUGCACCUGCGCCGUCCCAAGGAGGCCUUCCAGUGCUUCCUGGUGCCCGUCAAGCAGUUCCACAGCAAUCCGCGUCUUUGGUUGCGCAUGGCUGAGGCGUGCAUUAUGGAGCACGAAGCGAAACUAGUGGAGGAGGAUCGUCAGUCGCAGGCAGGAGCCACGCCCGCGACUAAGCCAUAUGCUCCCCAGUCCGCUGGAGUGCCUGAGCCCACACUGGAGUUCGCCGCAUUGUGCCUACGCAGUGCCCUGACCCUUACGCAGCACUACAGGACCAAGUUUCACAUGUCGGCGGUCCCCUCGGAGGAUGUGGAGGCUCCCGAACCGAAGGAUCCAACUCAGGAGUCGUGGCGUCAUCCGCAAGACAAUAACUUCUGCAAUCCCUCGAAGCCAGUUAGCCUGGAGUCGUUGGAGAACAUGCUAGCUGCCAUUUAUGCGGCGCACAGCUUCGUCUCCCUGCGUCUGGGCGACCAUGUGACCGCCCUGGAGAUGGCGGAACAGCUGCUGGCCUGCGAACGUCUCUCCGAUGCACACAAAUUACUGGGUCACAUGUACGCCGGAGAGGCGCUGAUGCUGAUGGACAAGGCAGCCGAGGCACGCGACCAUCUGGACCCCACCUUCGUGGGCACACUGAACGCUUUCGACUUUGAGACGCGUGACUGGCAGCUGAAGUCGGUGGACGCUGCCCAGAACGUGGUGCGGUACAAUCUGGCAGUGGCGCUGGCUCUGCAGAACGACCUGCCCCAAGCAAAAUCCCUCCUGGCCAACUUAAACCACUCGCUGGUGGGCGGCAAGGCGCUGGCCCUGCGACGCUUCAUAGACCUAAAGAUGGGCCCCGUUCCCGCCGGGACGCCCAGUUAGACAACAAAUUGUGUAAAUAACUAGACGGAUUCAAAGUACGAGAAUGGAAUGUGAAGUGUAAAUACAGAAAAGUCCUUGAUCGAAAAA